GUAUAAGAGCCCCUGUCCCGGAGCUGGCUGUGACACAUCAAGUCUCGCUCCCUGAAACUCGACUGACUGCAAUCAUGAGAUCUUCUCUACUCGUCCUGGCUCUGUUCGUGGGCACAAGCCUGGCGCUGGACUGCCAAGAGAUUGACGGGCGACUCAAGCAGAUCGACGUCAGCGACGGGCAGGUGUUCGGCGUGAACAGCGAAGACUCGAUCUUCACUCGCUAUGGAAACAGCUGGGUGCAGGUCCCAGGGGCCCUCAAGCACGUUACCGUGGGGCCCGCUGGAGUCUGGGGCGUCAACAAGGACAAUCUCAUCUUCAAGAUGAUCGGGGGACGCUGGCAACAGACUCAAGGUCUACUGAAGCAGAUUGAUGCAGGAGGAGACCAAUUCGUCGCUGGAGUUAACAUGUUUGAUGGCAUCUACUGCCUGGAUCGCAAUCCCACAGUGACCACGCGUGGAGGCGCGGCCGCCAUUCCCUGGAACCAGCUUCCCGGGGCCCUCAAGUACUACUCCUGUGGCCCCCAGAGCUGCUGGGGGGUGAACUCUGCCGACCAGAUCUACGUGAUGAAGGGGGUGACCCCGGACGCCUGCAUGGGCAGCAAGGCAUGGCAGCAGGUCCCCGGAGCGCUGUCCAUGAUCGAGGUGUCCACCGACGGCAGUGUGUAUGGGGUCAACUCUGCCGGGAACGUGUAUCGCAGGGACGGGAUCAGCGCUAGUAAUCCUGCCGGCACUGAUUGGACCUUCCUGAGCAUGUGCGGGAAAAGCAAGCAUGUGUCAUAUGACCUGGGUGUGCUCUGGGUGAUCAGCCAAGAAGACAAGAUCCUGGUCUGCAGCUAAACAAAAAAACAUGAUAUAUUGCGCUUGCAUUGUAGCCCUGUACCGCCCUGUAACACCUGCAAGUUGCCUUGGAUAAACGCGUCUGCCAAAUAAAAAAUAAUCAUAUUUUUUUACCCCAGAAGAGCUUAAAGAGGGACAACAAACACGUUUGUUACCACUCGCAAUCACAAGUACAUCUUCACUCAUCUCUCAUUGCUUUGCUUAAAACUGUUUUGUUUCACAGUCUUGUUUUUUAUGCCUGGUACGGACUGUACUGUUCUCUCCAUGGAACAGCAGCAUGUUGAGUUUCUUUUAAUCUUCUUCCUGCUCAACACCUCCACCUUAUAGAAAUAAAGCAUUAUAAAAAAAAAAAAAAAA